AUGGCCGCAGUAGUUGUCUUUAGUUCGUUGUUGCUGGACAGUUUCGAUGUUGCUGGACAAGGAGCAGAUGUUGCUGGACAAGGAGUACACAAUGUUGGUGGACAAGUAGACGAUUUUGUUGGACAAGGAGCACUCGUUGAAGUUUCCAGAAUUUUUCCUGAACCCGCUGGACAGUUAUUUGUAGCCGUUGUAUUUGGUGGCGAAGGAGGAGGGACAUACAGCAGCUCGUAG